GCUCAACUCUCACUCUCAUACAGAGCAUGCUCACAAGAAGAGCACGCCCUUUCCUAACUCCAUUCCUCCAACGUCCACCAAUCCCUUUCUUACAUAGGCACAUCGCCUCACUCCGCCCCUCGAUGGCUCAGUACGCAGACUCUCUGGCGGACGCUCUCGCCAGCCUCAAGCUCCCUUCCGGUCCCGAACACCUCGAAUCGCAGCGGCGCAGUGCCCCAGAACCAUUACGUGAUCCCCAUGGAACCCUCUUAAAGUCAACUCCUCUCACCACCCAGUUCAUCGAACAUCUUCUAUCGGAAGAAAAUUUCGAGAACGACCCUAACCUCGCUGCAAUUGGUUAUGAACUCGAAGCUCUUCUGUCAAUCUACGGUGAUGAAUCGGUUAGGCUUGCGUUUACAUCCAGGCCUCCCUCAAGAAGCUCUCAACUCGCUGAUAUCCCCAAUUCUGAAAGAAGAGGCUCGCAGCAGUGGACGGACGCUGUUUGGAAUGCGGAAAUUGGUUUUACCCCUGGAGAACGGAUUCGCUAUGAAGUCAGUCUACCAGUGUGGGAGGAAGGAGAUACCCUGGAGGGAGUAGAUCCGACCCUCAUGCCUCACAAAGCUCCUAUUAUGCGGAUAUUAGUUAGCUUGCCUCCAACUUAUCCAAAUUCAAGCCCACCGCAGCUUCAACUUUUGGGACGAUAUCUGGGCAGUUUCGCCAUAGAUAGUGGAUUGUUCGGCAAUAUCACCCGCACCUACAUAUCUUCCGAUGGCGCUCCCUUCAACCCUGGCGAUGUCUGUGUUUUCGAGGGAUUGACCCACGUCCAGUCUUUAGCUCGCACAUGGUAUUCCCAGCAACUCGCAUCUGGAGCCGCCCGUGAAGCUCAGCGUAACCCCCAAAUCACUGUCUCCGUGUCAAAUUCUCCUGAAGCUUCUGAUAACGAAGAUGCCGGCUAUUCCCGACGUCUCUCUCCUAGACCAAUGUUCUCCUACACACGUACAGCAAGCGAUACGCCACCAACAGAAGCAAUGCUCCGAAUCGAGGCUGGCAAGGAUCACGGACUAAAAGUAUGGGUGUCGGAAGAGGUUGUGGAUAGAAAAUCGGUGUUUGUUGGACGAGCAGUCAAAGUGACCGAUGAACGAGAUGUUCCAUUAGUAGUGCACGAGCUCUUGGGAGAUAAGAGAGUAGCUAGAGCAGCUCAUCCAGCCAUCUAUGCUUAUCGAAUUGCCAAAGAUGUGGGUGGAACAGCAGGGAAAGUCUACAACACUGAUUAUGAUGACGAUGGAGAGUCACAGGCGGGCGGAAGAUUACGCCAUCUUUUGGAAAUUUUAGAACUUGAGAACGUGAUGAUCAUUGUCACGAGAUGGUAUGGCGGGCACAAGUUGGGUGCUGAUAGGUUCAAACAUAUCAGUAAAGUUGCUAGAGAUGCUUUAGAGAUUGGUGGGUUUUUGGAUGAGAAGAAGGAUUCGGGAAAGGGGAGAAAGGGGAAGAAGUGAUGGCUUAUAUUGCUUAUAAGGGGUUGCAUUAUCUGUACCGGCCUGGUGCCAUCAUCUAUGCAUUUUUGGGCCUUUGG